AUGUCAAUAGCAACCCGCCUUCCUUACGCUGCCAACAACGUUGUCCGGUCUUCGUAUCGGUUCAGCCUGUCCGCCGCUCAGACUCGAUACCUCUCGGCGACGGCCUUUGUGGGAAAACCUUACGUUGUGGUCGCGCACGAUGCAACGGACUCGGGAGCCCUACAGCGGAGGUUGGAUGUGAGGCCCGCUCACUUCGAAAAGGUAGCCGCUGCAAAAGCGGAAGGCAAGAUCGUGCUCGGGGGUGCUAUUCUCGACAGCCCAAAUGAGGAGAAAAUGGUCGGCAGCGUGCUGGUGGUCGAUAUGGAGUCGAAGGAGGCCGUCGAGGAAUUCGUACGCGCAGACGUCUACGUGAAGAAUAACGUGUGGAAAUCGUGGGAGAUCUUUCCCUUUAAGCCCGCCAAGCUUUGA